AUGGUUAAGCAUUCCAGGAAGAAAGCCUAUUCUACCAAAAGCCUGGUGACACACGAGACAAAAGGGACUGUCACCUCUGCAGAGGCGGCCGUGGUUCAAUGCACAAAAAACUUGUAUAAACAUGAGUGGACGGAGGCUCAUAUUGCGGCAGCCAAACGGCGCGAUGACCGGGAACGCUUGAACCCACUCGUAGAUGAUGCACCAGUUCUGAUGCCUGAGACGAUGGACUGGAAGGCAGAUCCUAACCAACUCCCAGCCAAGGACCCCCCGAUUGCGCCAGAGCUUGACAUCCAUGAGUUAGGCCUAGACUUGGCCUUCAUAGAACAGGACAGCUUUUAUAGUGAAGAGACUGACCACACAAGGGCAUCUCCACAAGCCAAUGGGCAGUCCAGAGGUGCAUGGGGGCGCAAACGUAUUGACAAGUGGUGGCCUUUUAAGUCUGUAGAGUAUUUGAUCGGUUGCUUGGUGGUUGGCCACACAAGGACCAUAAUUUCACGCGCAAUUUACAACCAUGUGCGCAUGGGGUUUGAUAUCUGUGCUGUCAAACUGCCUGAUUGGACGACCAUCCGUCGUGUUAACACAGACCUCCGGAAGAUGAUUGGACUUGAGGUAGUGGGGCGCCUGUUGGUAAUGAACACGCCGGUACACUACUUGAGUCUCAAAAAGAUACUUGGACUCGAAUUGGCCAAUCUGUUGGUUGAACCUCACCUGAGAUACUAUCCGGAGAUGACUGGUGGGCGGAACAUAUUGCGGUUAUCCCAAUCAUCAAAGUGGCUGGAAGAGCUCUCACCCAACACACGUGCGCAGAUGGUUUGGAAUAAUGAACACAAUUUUUACUUGUUUGAGCUUGUCCAGCUCCAAUCUGGGCUGAUUGUCAUCCCGGGGUUCUUCUACAAGUGUGCAGGGGAGAUGUAUGCUCAUUGCCUGACACCAACAAUAGACGCAAAUCAAGACAAUGGCCAACUGGUGAUUUCUAUUACCAAAGAUGCCAUCUUCUCCUCACCUGAAUAUACCAGCAUCUCUGUAGCUGGGUUCAAUGUGGAAUAUCCCUUGAUGGAGGCCCCUGAUGGAUCACUAUUUUUUGAGCUCUGUGGGAAUAAGCUGUACGGUAAAUGUUAUGUUCAUGCAUAA